AUGAACCCAGUGAAGAAUUCAUCGUUAUCGCUUAUAGAUGGAUCGGAGCUUAAAUAUGUUAUAGAUUCUGUAUCCAAUGGAAACAAAUUAUCAGAUCUAGAUAAUAUUCCCAAUGAAGACAUAACAAGUUCGAAUCCAGUUUCGACCACUUCAUAUGAUUAUGGAAGUGCGAACUUUUCGGAUCCGUUUGGAGACUACGAUAAUUAUUACUGGUAUAAUUGGUGGUGGAGUUUUUGCUGUGACUACCCUUAUGAUUUCAAAAGUGAUCAGGAAAAUUACUAUCACCAAUCAGUUAAUGAAUUUGAAGAUUAUAUAGAGGGUCAAAGGGCCUUGGAGAACGAUGAAUGGAGCGAAAAAAUUGAGAGGUUUGAAUUUCUCUUCCAAAACCAAUCAAAGGAAACUCGGAAAAAAUUAGGACAUUCUAUUCAAAACAUGCUAAUAACCUGUUCCUUCAAUGGAAAGAAAUGCUCGGCAGUUGACUUUACAUUGUUUCAAACUACGGAGUAUGGAAACUGUUACACUCUAUCAAGAGAUUUGUUCAUAACGAGAAAAACAGGUCCUAUGAAUGGCCUGCAAUUGAUAUUACAAGUGGAGAAAUUUGAGUUAAGUAAUUUAUUUGAUGGGUCCGGUUUUCGACUCGUUAUUCAUGAACCUGGAACCUUCCCAUUUCCACAGGAUGAAGGUUACACGAUCAGUCCUGGAUACGAAACAACUAUUGGAAUGAGAAUGCUACGUGUGAUGCAUGCAGCACCACCAUAUGGUAUCUGUGAUUCAGGAGAUGUCUUCUUUGAAACGUACGGAUUCCGCUAUACUAUGCAGGCGUGUCUACAAAUCUGCAGAAAUAAGAAAGUUGUUGAAAUCUGUAAAUGUCGACCAUCCAAACAUAUGGACAUCAAAUUCAUGGAGAAAUUUAACACUACCCCUAUUUGUUCAUCUAGUAUAAACAGCAAAAAUGAAAAGGGUACAUAUAGUAAUGCCAAGCAGUGUGAAGAAUUCAUUUAUUUCCGUAUUGAUGAACACUAUAUUGACUGUGAAUGCGCAACUCCCUGCAGCCAAACACUCUAUCGGUCUACUAUUUCCGGUCGAGUAUGGCCAAAAGAAUCCUUUCUGGAAAAGGAAUUGUUGAACACACAAUGUGAACAAUCCAAUUACUCUUACUGCGACAUGUAUUUGGGGGAAGAAAAUUCUGCUUUUAAAGACAACUUCUUAAAACUGGUAAUUUAUUAUGAAGAUAUGAACUACGAGGAAAUUUCAGAGGAACCGUCUUAUGAUGGUUUUCGAUUUUUGUCGGAUUUAGGUGGAGCUAUGGGACUUUUCUUGGGUGCUUCUGUUCUGAGUUUUCUCGAAUUGGUGCAACUGAUGGUUGAACUUUUCAAUUAUCAACGUCACAAAUGUCGUAAAAGAAAAAUCAAAAAAACCGCACUAUUGUUUGAUCUCGGACCUGGUAUCAGCCUGAGCGGUUGGUAUCGGCCCGAGCCUGGAGGUCUGAGGGCGCGGGCCGAUACCAUCCGAGAUCUGAUACCAUCCGAGAUCUGA